AUGCAUGCUAAAUUUUUGAGAAACCAGAGGUUUUCUCAAAGGCACAGCUUGAGCACCAAAAAGCAACUGAAAAGAGCUGCAGAACGUAAAGCUGAAAGUAGUAUAAUACUGUUGAGGGCAAAGUAUUGCGCUACCCAUGUUAGGAAACGGAAACUUCACGUUGCGGUAAACUGA